AUGAAUUCCCUGGAGGAUACCCCACCCGACAUUUUAAGUAAAGAACAUGCCGAGUUGGAAAAAGAAAACGAAGAUCUUAUUAUACAGCAUAAGGAAGUAAAUUCAGAAUUAUCAAAUAAAAAUACUCAAAUAAUCGAAUUAGAGAAAAAAAUAAAAGAUCUAACAACCGAACGUGAUGAUCUUGUCAAAACUAAAGAAAGUUUGAUUCAAGAUUUAGAACAUGUGCAAAAGAAAUCACUAGAAUCUCGUACACAAUUGGAUGACGAAUUACAUUUGAUAAAAGAGAAAUUAUCUAGAACAGAAAAGAACUAUGAAUUGCUUGAAUCUGACAAUGCUAGUCUUCACUUAGCAAAAACAGAUGCUCUAGAGAAAUUAGCUACAACAGAAAAGAACUAUGUCUUGCUUGAAUCCGACAGUGCUCGUCUUCAUUUAGCAAAAACAGAUGCCCUAGAGAAAUUAUCAGAUGUAGAAUCUAAAGUUAAAUAUUUGUCACAAAGAGAACGUGUUCUCCAAGAAUCAUUAAGUGAAGCAAAUAAAACGAUUCAAAGUCACGAAGCAGAAAUUGAAAAUCUUAAAAAACAAGUAGCCGAAGAGGAAGAUAAACGUAAUAAAUCACUUGCUUUACUUAAAAAGACCCAACAAAAAAUAAUAAGCCUUGAAAGGGAGAAGAAGGAUUUAAAUGAAGAAGUUGGACGUGCUCAAGAUAAUGCACGAGCAUCAGAGCAAAAUGUAAUUUCAGGCUUGAAACAAGAGAUUGCCAAAUUCAAUAAGGAAUUGAAUGCAAAAUCAACACAAAUCGUUCGACUUGAAUCUUUAAAUGAAAAAAUAUCAGAAGAAAAACAGGUAUUAUUUGAGCAGUUACAAAUUAGACAAGCAGAAUUUGAAUCAUCACAAACAACGCUUGAGAACUUCGAACAUCGUUCAAAUGAAAUCCAACAUCAAAUGAAAGAAGCUGAAGAAAGAUCACAAGCUUUAGAGGAAGAAUUGGUUUCAAUUAAAAAAAAACAUAAAGAAAAGAUACGAGAGAAUGAAAAAUUAAUGAACGAUAUUGAAAAGAUGGAACAUGAAUCUAAAGAAAAAUUUAGAGUCAUGGAAUCACAAAUUGAAACUUAUAAAGAAGAAAAAGAGAAAAUUGAAUUAGAAUUACGAGAAAUUAGGCAAUCAUUUGAUUCUAAAGUACAAGAUUUAAUGAAUAGACUUGAUUCUAGCGAAGCGGAAACAAAAAAAUUGAUUGUAAAUUCUAAAGAGAAAGAUUCUACUAUUGGACUAUUGUCAAAAGAAAAUCAAACAUUUAAGAACAAAAUACAAGAUUUAGAGAAAGAAAUCAAAAAUAUGCAAAAUGAAGUUAAUAACGCACAAGAAAAAUCAACAAAAUAUAAUGAAUAUGAAACAACAAUACGAAAUAAUAAAGAAGAGUAUGAAAAAACGUUGGAAGAUUACCGUAUGAGAGAAGGUCAUUUAAAAACAGUUAAUAAAACACUUAGAGAAGAAGUUCGAAAACUUCAAAAGGUCACACCAACUUCACCAUCAUCGCCUACUUAUCCACGUCACUCAAUAUCAUCCGCAACUUCACCUUUGGCUGAUUCAGGAUUCUCAAAUUUAGAUGAUGAUCUUAAAGUUAAUUAUUUUAAAGACGUAUUUCUCAAGUUUCUUGAACAUAGAGACAAAAGAAAAGCACUUUUGCCAGUAGUUUCUACAUUAUUCAAAUUAUCACCUGAGGAAAAGAAAAGACUUGAACUUAAAUAUGGAAGAUAA